AUGCAUAGUCUCAACAGUGGUGGUCCCACGGGUAGUCUCACAAUGCCAAAGCGAUCGGCUGGCUGCUUCGAGUGCAGGAAAAGAAAGGUUCGAUGCGACGAGACCAAACCAGAGUGCAAUACCUGCGUGAGGCGCGGAACAAAAUGCCCUGGCUAUCGGCCAGCACAGGCUUUUAUUCUCCACAACUUCGAUGCACACGGAGAAAAGCCAUCCCUGAUCAAGGAGGAUGAGAAUCGCUACAAGUACGCCAGUCAAGCUUCGUCAAGCUCACAAAACGACGCAACUUUCUCAAGCAAGGCCAUCGUACGCAGAGAAGAUGCGCAAACGGAGCCUGAGGAUGCGCCUCUGCCCAAGCAGGUCAGCGCAGUUGCCGCCGACAGAAUACAGCAUCUGGGAACCUUCAUUGCCCUGUAUUUGCCCAGAGCUGAGGGUCCGGCGUUGCCGCCCCCUUCAGCCCUGAUGCUUGGCCUACCUACUAUGCCCGCGAACAGCCCGGUACUCAUGGCUGCAAUUGAUGCUCUCUCUGCAGCGCAACUGGCGGUGAACAACAGAAAUCAUCCGCUCAUCCAUCGCUCCAGGUCGCUAUAUGGCACAGCCCUGAGUCAGAUGUUGCGCGCAAUACAAGAUCCAGUGACAGCACUCAAAGACGAAACACUGCUAUCAACGUAUAUGCUCACGCUUUACGAGGUUUUCGUAGGUGUUACACAAGGUCAUGGCUUUUUCUACCAUGUCCAGGGACUUCUACAUCUUCUUAAGCAGCGUGGGCCAGCUUCAUUCGAGAGUCGGUUGAGCAUGCAAAUUUUCCACGCCAUACGGUACAAUUCGCUGAGUAUCGGCUACCACAUGCGAAAGGCCUCAAUGCUAGACAGCACGGAAUGGUUAUCAGUGACUGCCAAAGCGGCAAAAGUGGAUCCGUACGUGGCUCUGAACGACAUCUGCAUACACAUCCCACGACUCCUGGAGCGCACGGACAAGGCCACCAGACCAGAAUGUCCAAAGGAGGAGAUUGAUUCUCUCAUUGAGGAUUCGCAACAAGUCGCUAGCCGUGCUUUUGAGUGGCUCUCAACGUUUGAAAGACACGGUCCGCGAUACGACACGGUAGACGUUGCCUUCAUGGAUGGCUUCCUGGAUAUUUGCGCAGACCGCGUAUUCGAUCCCGUCUUCUACUUCCACUACUUUGGGGCCGGCAUUUGCUACCUUAUCUACUGGAUGAGCAUGUUGAUCUUGCAAGGCAACACAUUCAAGUUGCUCCGGCAGCAUCGACAACUCGAUAUGAAGCAAUUGUACAUGUGGGACCGCCAGCUCAGCAGCUAUGCAGAUUCGAUAUGUCGAAGCGUGCCGUACAAUUGUCGGCCCGUCACUGGUUACACUGCAAAAUUCGGAUCGUUGACACCGCUUAUGGUUGCGAGAAAAUACUACGAGAUGAAGGGAGCACAGACCGAAGCAGGAUGGUGCGCAAAAGUUUACAUGGGCGCGAGAGUACCGGAGCUCUAUCAAGCGCCCAUCGCAUUAGAACCUUUCGAGAAUGUCAAGAAGACCGUGCAGGGCAACCCGCGGUAUAUUUGA